AUGUCCUACGACGGGCUCUCUUCCACCGAAUGGUUUCAUUAUGCGCUCGAAAUGAUCAACUGCAUCGUGGCUGCUGAAAGGAACCCUCCGCGACAGGAAUAUAUCAUGUCCCCCGAAGAGCAGGCCCUCCUCAAUGAGCUCAGUCAGCCGGGCGUCCUCGCUGGACUUAAAGUCGGAUGCCAGUUCCUCUCGACUCCUGUCGUUUGGGAUGCCGUAAAUACUGCCAACCGCCGGGGGGUCCUAUUGAGACGGCCUAUUCAGGUACCGCCGACUAACGGCUACAUCAACCCUACCCAAAUGCACCUCACAUACCCAGCGCCCCCACGGCAACCUUCCGUCCCUCAACGCAACUUCUACAUGCCAGAAGAGCUCCGCCAUGUCAAGCAUUCCCACAGCACCUGCAAAUGGGACAACUGCGGCAUGCUCAUACCCAACCACGUCGCCGCGGUGUGGGAACAUCUGAGCGUACACCAUGGUAUCCCCACACCACCCCCUGGUGUCCCUCCUGCCCAUGCUCAAAAGUUUUACAUGAUCUGCCUCUGGUCGGGCUGCGGGCAGCAGGUGGAGUACAGGGGCCGAUCUGCAACCAUCGCGAAACAUAUCCAGCGCUGUCAUUUCAGGAUGAGGGAUCUGCUUUGCCCGUACUGCCCGAAGAUCGUUUUCCAUCCUAGGGAGAUGCGUGACCAUAUCCAGAAGAACCAUCCUGGCAAGAACAAUGUUGACAUCCACGGGCCUUGGUUGAAGGACCCUAUCUGUUAA